AUGACUGAGCUGGCUUAUCCAAAUCCAGGAAGUGUGUUUGGCGAGUCAGUGUCAGUGACUGAGGGAGAUUCAGUCACUUUACACAAUGACAUUACUGAAUGCAAAGACUGCAAAGUAGUGUGGGCAUUUGGAGCGUCAGACACAUCCCUCAUAGGGUACAUCAACCGAAACAAACAAAUCUUUUCCACAUUUGAUGGUCCUGAUGGGAGAUUCAGAGACAGACUAAAGCUGGAUCAUCAAACUGGAUCUCUGACCAUCACAAACACUAGAACUGAACACGCUGGACUUUAUAAACUACUGAUAAAUGGAGCAAAACUUUUAACAAAAAAAUUCAACAUUUUUGUCUAUGCUCGUCUGUCUGUUCCUGUCAUCAGCACUUCUUCAUCAUCAUCAUCAUCAUCACAGCAGAAUUGUUCAUUGUUGUGUUUAGUGGUGAAUGUGGGUCAUGUGACUCUCUCCUGGUACAAAGGAAACAGUUUAUUGUCCAGCAUCAGUGUGUCUGAUCUCAGCAUCAGUCUCUCUCUACCUCUGGAGGUGGAAUAUCAGGAUAACAACACCUACAGCUGUGUGCUCAACAAUCUCAUCAGCAACCAGACCACACAUCUGGACAUCAGUCAACUCUGUCACACAUGUUCAGGUCCUCCAGACUCUGUAUCUCUGAUAGUGCUGAUUUCUACUGCUGGAUCUCUGCUGAUUGUCACUGUAACUGGGAUCUUCUGGAUCCGCCGGAAACAAAGAAAAACAAACCAAGAAGUUCAGAUUUGUGAUGAAGAAAUAAAUUAUGCCGAGACAACGUUCUACAAAAGAAAAACACGCAAAUUGAAAGUCGAAGAGGAGGAACACGCGGAGUAUGUUCCUGUCAUCAUGAGAUGA